UGGUUCUCGCACAUAUUUGCCUCGACUAAAGCGUCUUGCGACGUUUCGCUUCUAUCGCCGCAGGUCCCAAAGAACGUGCCAUGCGUACCGGCAGGGGCCGAACACAGCGGUAGGGCGGCGACGGUGACGUCACACUUGCAACCAUGGACGACUUGGACCCGUCGCCCCUGAACGAGACCGACGGAGUCGGCCUCUCCGUGCAGGCGAAUGUGUCGUCGUGCGUCAACGAACUGUGCGUGUCCGAGGCCGAGUACCUGGACCUGCUGGAGGAGUACAUCUUCCCUUCGUCGUACGAGUGGGGACUCAUCGGCCUCCACGUGGCCGUGUUCGUGGUGGGGCUGGUGGGGAACUGCCUGGUGUGCGUCGCGGUCUACCGGAACCAGACCAUGCGCACGGUGACCAACUACUUCAUCGUGAACCUGGCCGUGGCGGAUUUUCUCGUCAUCUUGGUCUGCCUGCCGCCGACUGUCCUUUGGGACGUGACGGAGACCUGGUUUUUCGGGGCGGCGCUGUGCAAGAUCGUCCUUUACCUACAGUGCGUGUCCGUGUCCGUCUCGGUGCUGACGCUCACGUUCAUCUCCCUCGACCGGUGGCGCGCCAUCUGCCGGCCACUGCGCUCCCAAGGAUCCACGGGACCCCGCGUCGCCAUAGGCGCUAUUUGGGUUGUCUCGUGCCUCGUGAUGCUGCCGGAACUCGUGGUGCUGGACACGCGGCGAGGUCCAGUCGCAGGUGCUGUCUACCUGACGGACUGCGCGUACACGUGGCCCGUGGGUUACACGUCCGUGUACCAGCUGUGCCUGGUGGUGUUCCUGUACGUGGUGCCCUGCCUGCUCAUGUCGGCCGCCUACUACCAGAUGGCGCGGGUGCUGUGGCGCAUGCCCGCGCUGCACGAAACCGGCUCGCUCACCGGCACCCAGCCACCGCCGCAGACGCUGGCGCGGCGCAAGGCGGCCAAGAUGCUCAUCGCCGUGGUCAGCCUGUUCGGCCUGUGCUACUUGCCCGUGCACACGCUCAACCUGCUCAGGUACACGACGGAACUUCCCCAGACGCCCCUUAUGAGCGUCGCAUCGCUGAUAUCGCACUGGCUCUGCUACUUCAACUCGGCAAUCAACCCGAUCGUCUACAACUUCAUGAGUGGCAAAUUCCGCAAGGAGUACAACAAGUCCUUCCGAUGGCUGCUGAAGCGCGUCCUCCUCUGUGGAAUCGGCCGAAGAAAGGCGGCCACCAACACGUGCGAGCUAUAGCAUACAGCUGGCCGCCUUCGAAUGGACUCGAGGCUGGCCAAGAUAAACCACAGUACGCGGCAGCGUUCGACGAGGCAGACCUCCUGGAAGAGCACCUCGGCCUGCACCGUCUGCGAACUCUAGUCGAUGACGUCUUCCGCAGGGCAAAGGAAGACAGCGAGACGAAGGAUUUCAUAUCAGCACGCUCGUCCGUCGCCAUUGCGGUUUCGGACACGCCGGCAGCUGGGAGCUGUCGAGGAAGUCGUGCGUGACAGAGUGGCUGUGGAAUUGCGUCUUUGGUCGUUGUGAUUGACUGUUUGUGUGCUUCUUCAUUUUUUCAAGUGAUAGUGUACGUUGUAUCGCCGGUGAAAUAUUGUAUAUUACCGCCUCUCUUAUGAGAAUGCUAUAGACGUCAAUAUCAACCCAGAGCUCUACUUAGGCAGAAGAGCGCUGAGGGCUGUGCCGUUGUGUGUUCCGAAUGUCUGCGAUCUUUGUGAGCUGUGAGCGUUCGUUGUAUGCGCGAUGUUGCCGCUACUUAGCGAUAUCGCAGCUAAAAUCGGCAACGUCGUCGCGAUUUUUCUCGUGCUAGAACGUUCCAAACACCAGCCCUAUCGACCAUGUGCCACUUGUACUACGCCGGACAUGGACCACCAUAACGCAAAACAACGGGAGCAGGAGACCUUGAAAAUCAAGGUCUUUUGCUCAAGGAGACGUUGAAUCAAGGAAACUUGAAAUCAGGGAGACCUAGAAAAUGUUGCCUCUCUCAUGCUGAGGUGGUGUACUAACUUGUAAUGCAGCUCUGUGAGUGACCGUCACCUACAUUAAGUCGCAUAUGCUAAGGAUACGCGGAAAAAACAAAUGCGCAUGGUUUCGGAGAAUAGCCGCCUUGUUAUAGUAAACACUGUCCUAUAAACAUGCUGGUCCUUUGGUUAUACAGAGCGGGCGUUAGUUGAACGGCUGUGAGAUCAGAACAUCAUUUGCCACGUCGUAGCCAGCACCUUGGCGUUGACUCUGUAGCCAAUCGUGUAAGUAGAUCAUCAUAAAACCGCCACGUAACAAGUUACCGGAAGCGGACAGAAGCAAAAGUGUCCUUUCUACCUGACAUGGGUAAUUGACCGAGCGUUAUUCGAAUCCGCAAUCAGAAUGUGAGCCAUACUUAACUUCAGUGAAAGUAGACUUUAGUCAGAGCCAUUAUUGUGCUUGUGUAAAAAAAGUAUAAUAUUUGUGCGCACAUUAAGAAAUGGCAUUCAGAUCAGUACUAGCAUGAUCUAGAUUCAUUAAUACAGGUGCCGCAUUAGUUUAAUUAACGGUCACCUCGAGCUCUAUUCUAUGACUCAGUAUUAGGGCUGCUAGAACACGAGUUUAUUUUAGUACUUAUUCCUGUGGCGGCUGCUGUCCUACAAGAAUGCUGAUCAGGAAAUUCGCCUCACGUUUCCAACUAAGCAGUAUUAUUACACCUAUUACAUUCCAGGCACAUUUUUUUCCUAUUCACUAUUUUGUUCCGAACAAUACCGUCAAGGAAGUCUAUGGAUAAGCGGACAGAGUUCUUCAGAAAGGAGACGCCAUAAACAUGGUCCUGGUUUUUGUAAGGCAGCAUGGUAUACUACGCACACCAGAUAAUGUAGUCACUGCGCUCUGGUUUGCCAUAGUAGAGCUUUCGAGAUAUCGUAAAAGAACGUCACUGCCAUGAGCCCACAACUGUAUAGAAGCGAGAAUGCGGUCAAAGUGUGCCUGUGAACUAACCUAAUGUUAUAAAACUGUGUAAAACUCGAUAUUGAUCAACAUUUCAGGUAAGCACAAAAAGCCUUGUAAGGGAGCACUAAGCCAAGUUUUCAGAUAGCGGACUUUUAGGGUCACCUUGUAGGCGUUGGUUAUUGCACGUCUUGUCAAAAUUCUAGCAGUGUUCGCAGGCGUUCAUUGUUUACCAUGCCGUUAAUCACUUAAGCGGGCAUUUGUAAGAUCCCAGCAUUGGUGGAGGAGCGUGGGUUAUUUGCGGUGUACGAAAAUGACCCAGCAGGCGGCGCCGUUGAUUGAUGUGUCCCUGGUACAUUCCUUUAGGUUAUAAAAUAGAAGAAAAAAUACAAACAAAAAGGUAACCCCUUCAACAUCAGGAGCUCUUUAAGUAGUAUGAGGAGUGACAGAGCAGGCGGCGCCGUUGAUUGAUGCUUCCCUGAUACAUCCCUUUUGUUUAUAAAAAAAACACUGAAACAAAAAAUACAAACGAAAAGGUAGCCCCCUCAGCAUCAAGAGAUUUUAAUUAGUAUGAGUAUUUAAGUUAAAUCAAAAUAAAAACACGCACUCCUAUGAGGACAACACUGGCGCGUCUGAAAACCCAGCCGAACUAGCCCACCGAAUAAGCGCUUGGCAGAAAUCGUUUUUCCUACUUUGUCCGGCUAUAACAGCCAAUGAUAAGUACAGUUGUGGCAAGAAACUAAGUUGAAACGAAAUGUAGCGAUUUGGAAGCUAACUACGAAGUGCAUCACAUGCACAUUGUCACGAUCCCUGAAAUUGGCGAGCAUAAUAAGCUUGCAUUGAAAGAAAUACUUAUGAAUUAAAUAUAACAAUACCAACUGACCAAGUUCACCGUUCUCCUAAAUACUCGUGCUUGGUAUUUAGGGGAAACUGCGUUAAGCGGUUUACCUAUGAGCACUGUUCGUAGUAAGUAAAAUAACUAUAAUUAGGUAAGAAGCUGGUUUGAAGUGGUCGGCAUAAUGGGCUACAAAUUGUAAGGGGCCAACCCAAAAAGAUUAAGCGUGCACAGCAAGACCGCGUAGUUUUGCAGCGCGUCUCCCAGAUAUUGCUUCGUGUUUCCAAUACGGCAAGAUAGACGACCUGCACUGCAAGUAUAGUAAUGACAAAUUGACAAACGUGACAAGCAGGGUCACCACUUUUCGGCAGAGUUGCGCUUCACUCUAAACAAAACAAAAAUACGAUGGUUGUCCUGCUUUCACAAAGUUACAACAAAAAGGUGCACACACUAACGGGCAGCUUUAAGCUCUUCACCUGUGCACUACGAGCGUGUCGGUGAGAGGCGUGUUAGUUAGCUGCGUUGAUGCAACGCAGCUUAACUACAGCUUAAUGGCGAAUACUCUGGAUAAAUGUACACUGUAUUUGUAUAUUCUCGCUAAACAGUCACGAGCAGUAUACCGACGUACACGGCGAGGACUCUGAUGUGGUAGUGCCAAUAACUGUGUCGACAGUCUCAGGCAUUCUUCCUUGAAUUGCUAAUAAACAUUAUUACGUAGAGAUAUCACCGUGAGUAUACAGUACUCUUUUUGUGAUUGCAUUAGUCUUCUGUCCCGCAAAGAAAAAGAUGUGCUGCACUCUUUUUUCUGUCAAUAAUUUCAAGUGUGAAAAACGGUCACUUGUUUGUUUACCACCACUAAACCAAUUAGGCUGGGUAAUAUAGGUAGCAGUGAAGUAGAUCCCCUAAAGCUGCUCUACUUUAAGAACUUCCCCUGUAUAACGUUGAAGGUUCCUGUGCUGACACUUACCUGUUAGAAAGUUUUAUAUGUAUUAAUUUCUGGUGAGGAUGUGAAAGUUGAAACAGGGUCACUUGUUCU